GUAUCUGUGCGAGAGAGAGAGAGAGAGAGAGAGAGAGAGAGAGACAGAGAGAGAGAGAGAGAGAGAGACAGAGAGACAGAGAGAGAGAGUGAUAGGUCUUUAUUCAAACCAAGCUCUCCAUGCUAGCAGCAGCAGCAGCAACAGUUUAUUCUUCAUUCAGAGAGUUAGUGUUUCUGUCUGAUGCACCUUCCUCCCAUCCACUGUGACCGGCGCUCCCCGUUCCUACACACUACCGCUUCCUUUGUGGAUAGAGUAACUCUCUUUGGUUCAUGUUCUCCCUGAAGGUUAUCUGACUGGAGUUAAAACAACGAUACAACACACUAAGUGACUGUUGAGACCCACUAGUUUUCCCCAUGAGAGGCUUCCUGCUGCUCUGUCUGCUGGCACUGGGCCAUGCCAAGCCCUACCAGCCAAUUAACGUCUUGGACUUCAUGAGGGACCAUGAAAUCAUGAUGCAGGACGCCGAUGAUGAUGACGACGAUGACGACAACUCCCUUACGGACUGCCCCUUCGGCUGCCAGUGCUCCCUACGGGUGGUGCAGUGCUCUGAUCUAGGGUUGCUCUCUGUGCCCGAGAACAUUCCCGCCGACACGCUAAUGAUCGACCUCCAGAACAACGACAUCACAGAGGUCAAGGAGGACGACUUCAAAGGCAUUAACAAGAUCUACGCCCUGUUCCUUGUUAACAACAAGAUCUCUAAGAUCCAUCCCAAAGCAUUCCGUAACAUGGAUCGGCUACAGCUGUUGUACCUAUCCUACAACCAGUUGACACAGAUACCUGCCAAUCUACCCAGGAACAUCCUGGAGCUGCGUAUCCACGACAACAAGAUCAGCAACAUCCAGAAAGAGGCCUUCAAAGGGCUCAAGUCUGUGCACGUUCUAGAGAUGAGUGCUAAUCCGUUAGCUAACAACGGGAUCGAGCUGGGAGCAUUCGACGGCAUGGAAACCCUGUACAUCAGGAUCGCGGAGGCCAAGCUCACAGCUGUACCUAAAGACCUCCCAUCUUCACUCACAGAGCUCCACUUGGAUUAUAACAAGAUCACCAAAGUAGAAAUUGAGGACUUUUUCAGAUAUAAAAAAAUACAAAGAUUAGGACUGGGCUUCAAUCAAAUCAAGUUUGUUGAGAAUGGAAGCUUUGCCAGUAUACCCAACGUCCGCGAAAUCCACCUUGAUAACAACAAACUAAAGAAGGUCCCGCCUGGUCUAAACUCACUUCGUUAUCUACAGGUGGUGUACCUCCAUGCUAACAGCAUCAGCAGUGUGGGGGUGAAUGACUUCUGCCCUGUACGUUCCAGUGUUAAGAAGACCUUGUAUACGGGCAUCAGUCUGUUCUCUAACCUCGUUAAGUACUGGGACGUCCAGCCUGCCACUUUCCGCUGUGUGUCUGGACACAGGGGGGUUCACCUGGGCAACAACCGGAGGAAGUAACACACACACACACACACACACACACACACACACACACACACACACACACACACACACACACACACACACACACAGGGGGGUUCAUCUGGGCAACGACCGGUGGAAGUAACACACACAAUGGCAAGGUGAAGUUGUAACCAUAUGGUCAUAUCUAUCCUAUAUAGUUACAGAUCUAUGGACCCUGAAUUGGGUGUCUGUCACGAUCACAAGCCAUCCUACAGCGCCUCCUCCUGGUAGACUUCAGUAACACCCACCUUCCUCAACACAUGGGGGGAUUUUCUUUUGUAAAAGACCAACUCUUCGAUCCUCCUCAAUGAGUCAACGAACGCAUCCACCCCCCAGUUUGUACUUCAGUGUUUUAGUCAAUAAUAAUAUUUGUUUAUUUUCUGUUUUAUAUUUUAUAGUAUCAACAGCUGCACAUGUUCUCUAUAUAUAUAUAUUUCUUUGUUACACUGCAUGCCUCACUUUUAUAAUCUGCUAGAUAUAGCCUAAAUAAGACUAGUUUCCAUGGUGCUAAACAUAUAUAAAUUACGGAAAACUAGUCAACGUUAUAUGUCUAGACGGUGAUACGUAUAAAAUGACAGAAGAAACAAAAAACUAGUCAACGUUUUUACAUGCCUUCAUUUGAACAUGAUUAUCUAUUGUAGCAUACAUGUAUGUAACUGUUCUGAUUAAAUAAACUUGACAUAGAAAUGAA